GACUUGGGUACGUGUAUUACAACGGCAAGUGCCAGCGCCCACAAAAGACCCAUUGGACCUGUCAGCUCCUUUUGUUUCACCAAGCAGACAUAAUAACUUACCAGCAAAGCAGAGUAAGCCAAGUGCCUCUGCAUGACACCACCAGCUGAUAACACACAAGAGAAAAUAACCAAUUUAGACUAGAGCCCUAUCUUUUCUUGAGAAGCUGGGAUUUGAAGGAGCUAUUCUGAGAUCUGUGCUGCUAGUGAGUGACUGAUAACAUUAUAGACUGGAUCGGUCCCUGAGUUCAGAGACUUGAGUUGCAAUUGAGUGAAAAAUAGACAACGAAAUCUUGAAGAAUUGCACGGAGGUGCAAGCCAAAUUUAACUCUGGUCGCCAAGUAUUGUUGGUUGGACUGAGAAAUUGCUAAACCAGACCUGUAAUAGGACUGGUUAUUUGGGUAUCUCUCUUUGUCAUUGUUGCCUUUUACUGUUACAUUGCUUUCUGUGUUAUCUCUCUAAGCCCAGAUGUUCUCAGAUAAUUCACAUUGCCCGGACUGUGGACAACAGUGGUUCCCUAGUUUAGAACUAGGCCAUUGGUUGUACCAAACUGAACUUGUUGAAAAUGAGUGUUACCAAGUAUUCUUAGACCGUAUUAACAGAGCGGAUUAUUGCCCUGAGUGUUACCCUGAUAAUCCUGCUAAUAGAAGCCUUGUUCUUCCUUGGUCUUUCCCACUUGAGUGGGCGCCCCAAAAUCUUACUAGAUGGACCUUUGAAAAAGCUUGCCACCCGUUUCUUCUGGGUCCUCCACUGGUUAGAAAAAGGAUACAUGACUCUAGAGUAGCUGGCUUUAACCCUGCAUUGCAGUUAAUCUUGACCAGAACAGACAAAACCUUGAACAAAAAACUUGGCCAAAACAAAUAACUUCUUAAGCAGUCAAAAUCAUGGAGACUCUAGAGUUUGUACUAGUAGCUCAAGGAAGACUGGGAAAAUGACUCCUUUUCUAAAUCUGAUCUGGACUGUCACUACUUUGGGGAAUUGCUUAAAUUGUUGGAUCUGCUCCCAUCGGCUACACAUAUUUUGUUCAGCAUGAAUUUAAUCAGUAUUCCAGUCAGACUGUUAAUCUAGAACCAGUCUAAUCUACGUUCCCUAUGUUUGGGAAUUAGCUUACCCAUCCUAAAAAGCUCCACAGCCUUAUUAUGGAUGUAUGACAGGAUAGUCCUGGAGUAGAGGCCCUGUACUGUGUGUACCAUAAUGAUACUUUUAGUGAUAACUUUUGUGGGAAAGCAUCUUUGUAGCUGGAUUAUAGAUUAUUCCAGUAAACAGCUAGAUAUUUUAAUAAGAAACUGCAUUGUUCUCCAUUCCACCUCUUAUACAUUAACCAGUGGUAAUAUCUACAUAGGAUACACACAAACAUGCAGAAAUGCCACUGUCUUUACUUACUGACUCUACAUAGCAAAGGCUAUCCUGUUUUUGUGGUGACUGAACUUUGAAUGUCCUCCUCUGGAAAUGGAAAAGUACUUAUACUAUGGGAUAGGUGACAGAAGGAGUUAUCAAGCUUGACUCCAUAGACACUCUGAGGAAGCAUCUUUUCUGAGAACUAAGAAUGUCUUGCUGGGCAUUGACCACAUUCUGGCCUUCACCUGUUGAUGAGAAUCAUGGAACUAGAGUAUAGGAGAAACUUAGAAAAAUUUGCUGAAAACAUCUCAGAGGCCAUUGAACAAUUUUUAAAUUCCACUUAAGAUACUAGAUAAUCCAGUGCUUGUGUAGCAGCUGAACAAUGUUCCUAAGGUCCCAGGCUCUUUCUCUUCUUCUCCACCGGGAUCCUUAUCGUGGUGGCUUUUUGUCCUCAUAGUUGUUUCUUCAGUGAGUAUAGUGUGGCUGUUACUGUUCCAGACAUUUCAUUCCCAAUCAAAGGCUGGAAAUACGAAGCAAAAGCUUUUUCCUUUCAAGUCUGUGUCUUUUAUUUGGGGAAAAAGGUCUUUCUCAAAAGGCCCUCACAGAUUUCUCCUUAUAUCUCAUUAGAAUGUACUGGUUCACAAGCCUGGGAAGCCCAGCAGAGGGGAAGGGGGUUAGCAGUGCCUGGGUAGGGCCCAUUGUCUCCCCUAAUAAAAUCAUGGCUCUUUUAGGAAGGGAGAAGGGAGGAAUGAAUAGCUGUUGGUAUGCAACAAAUCAUGCCUGCCACAAGUUGUGAAACCUAAAGUUAUUUGUUCGUCUGUAUAAAGGAUGUACCCCAGAGACCUACCCUGUGUCUGCCUUAUGUCUGUCACAAUGGAAGUUCUCUCCUGUUACAUUGCUGAAUAAACUGUGUGGACUGCUAAAUUGAAUGAAGACUAGUUAGUUUAUCAUUGACCCUUGGUUAAGAACUCCUUUACUGUCCUAAAGCUCUUUCUACAAAGUGAAAAUUUGCUUAGAGCUAUUGCUUUUGAUCACUACUAUUGGUCCCUAAAUUUUUUCAAGCGCAUAUUGACAAACACUCUACAUACAUGCAAUUUUAAGUAUCAGCCAAGUGUUUUAACCAAAGAUUGUUUUAACCAGUCUCUCCUUUAAAUAGUUAAGAAAAAGUAAAUGGAUUUGUACUGUUGAUUUUCAAAUCAGUACCUGGAUGAGCUUGUCAGAACAUGCACAUUUCUUGAUCUCAGAGAAAUUUUGAUUCCUUAGGUUGCUCACAGGCCCCGGGAAUCUGCAUUUCUAAGUAGUGGUGCAGGAGAUUCUUAGGCAGGUGCUCUGUGGAUACUUUGAGAAGUACAAUAGCAGCACCUCCAUGGUGUUUAAUUACCUGGCUUCAAAGGAUGGGAAAUGAGUACUCAUAAUACCGCAAGGUAGUGAUAGUUAUUGUCCUUUGCUAGUGCCGUAUAAAGAGGUUUUAUGUCAGACUGCAGGUAGGUCACUGUGGAUAUUUCAGAUUAUAACUCAGUCACAUUUUUCUCAUUACAAUAAUCAGGACUGUUGUAGUUCUGUGUGGUGUCAUUAUAAGCUUCGUAAGUAUAUGGGCAGGAGAAAGGAAUCAAAAAUAUUAACUCAAAUAUUACAUUAAGAAUACUUUCCCUUCAGACAUGGUUAUAUUAUCACAUACCUUUUACAUGGUCAGCUCUCAGAAAUAACAUGUGGCAGAGUUCAUAAAAUUGAGCAAAGAAGAAAAUUUAGAGAACUUUGUAGCUCUUCAGCUUAAGUCUUAAUAUGAUUUUACUUGGCUUAAAAUAUUCUAGAAUGCUCCAGUUCAUAAUUAUGAACAGUGAAUUAUAAAGCAUAAAUAUAUUCCUAAAAUUAAGUCUCACAACAAAUGAUCUGGAGGGUUAUCCCCUAUUUUAGAUUAUGUGAGCCACAUUAAUCAUCUUUAUACUGUGGCAGAGUUGAUACUAUUAUAUAUAUUGGUGGCCAUUUUUAAAAUGAUUGUCAAAACUACUUCCAGUUAUUUUAUGGCAGACCUGGGAGUGGAAGGUUAAGAGACACAUGCUUAAGUAGCCUGGGAAGAAAAUAAUCUGCUAAAGAAGAGGCUAUCUUGGGUUGGGGGUGACUGAGUUAUGAUUCAUCUCUAAGUGAUAGGAGGAGAAACAAGCCCAGGCAGGCAGGCAGGCAUAAAAGAAUUCCAUGGAAUCCAAAGAGUAUGUGGCAAUCAGCAUGAUACACUUAUCUGUAAAGCGAGAUCUGUAAGACUGUUUCUUCAGUCUUCCCUGACAGCCCUGGAUUCUCCAUGGAAUCCUGAGAACACAGCUUGAAAACUGCUUAUUAUACAGGAAAAAUAAUGGCGUUGCAGCCAGCUGACCUGGGUUUGUCAUCAAAUUUUGGUACUAUUAAAUGACUUUGGGCAUUUUAACCUCUCUCUAUCCAGUUUCUUUAUCUGUCACAAAGGUAGUGCAGUAAUAACCUACCUCAUCCUGUGUGGGGUUUGAAUGUGAUAACGUGCCAAUCAUAUGGCACACAUUAAGUCUUUAGGACUAGAAAAGGUACAGGAGAACGAGGCAGGAAUAAGAGUUUAGUUUUAGGGGAUUAAAGCCAAUUGUUAGAGCUUGAUGCUGAAUUAUCGAAAACUUAAGUCCCCUCCAAUGAAGGACCAGAUUAAUCUUGGUACUGAGGUUGAGUCUGUAAUUGAGUCAAAUGGUCUUACGUUUAAAGAUUAAGAAAUCUACAGGGAUGGAUGACCCCAAGCAGUUCCUUGUCACAUUUUUUAGGCCCAUUUACAGUCAUAAUGGUGGUAGGUGUAAUUGCUGUGGGAUUUACUAUCUCACCUGAGACUUUCCACAACACCAAACUAAGCAGUUUGAGAAAAGUUGAAGGUUAGGUUAUGUGUAGAUUCAACCAGGUCAUAUGUGCUAGAGUCACAAUUGAAAACUACAUACAGGUCGCUUUGUAGUAUGUUUACUAUAGGUGGUUUUUUUGUUUUUGUUUUUUUUAGUGUCAUGGUUAAAAGCUUGGGUCCCACAGUCAGAUUGAGUUCCGAUCCUGACUCUGCCUUUACUAGUUGUGUGUUUUUGAGUAAGGUUCUUAACCUCUUGUGUAUGUCAGUUUCCUUGUCUGUAAACUAGUAAGAAUAUUAAUGGUUCAGACAUAAGACGAUUGUGAAGAUUAAAUGAGUUAAUACAUAAAGUGCUUUGGAUGCUGCUUGGCAUAAACAAGGCAAUAAAUGUUACCUAUUA